CCAUCAGAGGACAUCUGGGUUGUUUCCCUUUGGGGCUACUGUGACUAAUGGUGCAGUGGACAUGAAUGUGCAGAUGUCUUUGAGGUACUGCUUUCAAUUCUGGGUAGAUACCCAGAAAUGGAAUUGCUGGAUCAUACGGUAAUUCUGUUUUUAACUCUUUGAGGAACUGCCUUAUCGAUUUCCACAGCAACUGCCCCAUUUUACAUUCCCAUCAGCAAUGCUCAAGAGUUCCAGUUUCUCCACAUCCUCACCCCACACGUUUUCGUUGUUUUGAUGAUAUCACUCUAGCAGAUGCAAGGUCGUGGCACUCCUCCUUGUAUACAUUGCCAUCCCCUGCUUUGUGGCUGCCACUUUAAACUCAAUAGCCAGCCAAACUUUUCUUCUCUACUCUUUCCUUACCUACCCACUCCUGCUGAUGCUCCUAGUUGGGGUGAUAAUAUAUCUUUUCCUGCCGAUCCAUGUUUUGAACGUUAUUUGUCCCUGGCAUGUUUAUUCAACUGCCAAGCCCUAUCGAUUCUUCUCAGAAAUCACAUCUCUUCCUUCCUGCAUGCAGUUUUCAUUUUAUUUCUCGCCUGGAUUAUUAUAAUCUCCCAGCCUGUCCAAACCCCUUGGUGCUGUCAUAAACCUGAACCAUCCCCUAUGGGCCCCUCCUCCAUAUCCUAUAUCAGCUUUCCAUUGGCCACCAGGAAAAGGGAGGGAGAAAAGUUAUUUAGUGAACACCUUUUAUGUGCCAGACACUAAGUACUAAAUGUACUGAAUGCUCUCCAUCUAAGGACUGAGUCUCAUUUCACAGAUGACGAUGUGGGCACAGAGAGGUAAUUUGUUUAAGGUCACACAGCGAAUAAGUAGUAAACUGGAAUUCAAACCAGUUCAAAGGCAGUCUUAACUCCAGGGCCAGUUCUUAACCACUCUGCUGUGCUGCCUCAUAGCACUCCUAUGAAGUAGCUAUCUCAGUCCCCCUGUGAUGAAAGGUACUAAGUUAAAUAACUUGCCUAAAGUAAGGUAGUUAUUAACUUGGAAGCUGGAAUUUGAACCUGGGUCUCUGACAUCAAAGUCUGUCCCAUGCUGAUUCUUAAUCUCUCCCAAACCCUUGGCCAGACAACAAGGUCCUCUACCUUUGGGACCCAACGUGUUACAGCUUUAUUCUCCCCGCGACUGCCUCAUCCCUUGCCCCAAAUUAGACAAUUUGCCACUAAAGAGAAGCCUGGUUUCAAUUUUAACUCUGCCUUCAGUUGUCAAGCCCAAAACCAAUGACUACUUCCUGAAACCUUUACAACUCUCUAAGCUGGAAGAACUCAGCUGCAGCCCGGAGCUCCCAGGUCAGCUGUAAUAGCUGUGAGGGCAGGGAAUGUGCCCCAUCAACCCUGCAGCCCCCCACCCCCAGUGGAGCACACAGUAGACCACUGAAAAUACAGAAUCAUUGGAACAGGCAAUCACCCACCCACAACCACAAAAGUGGGGGAGUCUGAGAAGCAGAGGUUAGCUUCUGGCCCCAAAAGUCUGGCAGAAGUGUUUGCAUUGCAUUGAUUUUCCAUUGUUUGUCCUCCUCCCGGACUUCCAGAUCUCUGAGUGGGUGGUGAAUUUCCCCUCACCCCCACCCCCAGGCUGCCUGAACCAGCCUUUUACCAGCCUGAAUUUUUGUACCAGUCCUACCACAACCAAGUAAACAGCCACCUGCUUGCCACCUGGGGAGGUAGUACUGGGCUUGGCUAGGUUGCAUAGCCUCUUUGGGGAUUCAUUAGAACCCAGUCUGCAGGUGUGGCUGGUGGGAGAGGACCUGGGGACUGGAGUACAGGAGGGUAGCUUUGUGACUACCUCCCCUCCCCUCCUGCCCCAGGUGCAAGGGCUGGGUAGGCAUGAGGAAGGAGAGCCGCUAACAAAAGAGGAUUGUAAACCACCUCUUCCUGCAGUUCAGCAGUGAUCUGGCUUGUAUCUUGGCAUCCAGAGAAAGCAGAAGUUUCCUUACCGAAAGCAGGAGGCGAGUGUUGUUCUGACCAUUUUGUAGAGGAGAAAACCAGCCUGUGGAGGCUUGCCAGGAAGGCGGCUCAGGCCAGACUCCACUGACAUCCGUGUUCUAUCCAUUCUGCUGCGGUGGGCCAGAGCCAAGGAUAUAGACACUACUUCUGCUUGAGCCAGCCCUCUCCCGUGAGGAGCGGACAGCCUGUGUCCCAGGACCCACCAGCAGUCCUUGGCCCCUUGCAGAAUGUCCAAGCAGGAUUUGAGUGUCACAGCAAAACUCAUCAAUGGAGGUGUGGCAGGGCUUGUUGGGGUGACCUGUGUGUUCCCAAUCGACUUGGCCAAGACUCGGCUGCAGAACCAGCAUGGAAAAGACAUCUACAAAGGAAUGAUAGACUGCCUGAUGAAAACCGCCAGGGCAGAGGGCUUCCUGGGCAUGUACCAAGGAGCUGCAGUGAACUUAACCUUGGUCACUCCGGAGAAGGCCAUCAAGCUGGCAGCCAAUGACUUCUUCCGGCAGCUGCUAAUGGAGGAUGGGAUGCAGCGGAACCUGAAGAUGGAGAUGCUAGCUGGAUGUGGAGCUGGAAUAUGCCAGGUGGUGGUUACCUGUCCCAUGGAAAUGCUCAAGAUUCAGCUGCAGGAUGCUGGACGCUUGGCAGUUCGUCAGGGUGCAGCCUCAGCACCAUCCUCCUCCAGGUCCUACACUGCGGGCUCCGUUUCCUCCCACAAGCGCCCGUCCGCCACCCUUAUCGCCUGGGAGCUGCUCCGCACCCAGGGCCUGGCCGGGCUCUACAAGGGUCUGGGUGCCACUCUCCUCAGAGACAUUCCCUUCUCCAUCAUCUACUUCCCACUGUUUGCCAACCUUAACAACCUCGGGUUCAACGAGAGCACGGGGAAGGCUUCCUUUGCUCAUUCCUUCAUGUCAGGCUGCGUUGCAGGUUCCAUAGCUGCUGUCACAGUAACACCUCUGGAUGUUUUGAAAACUCGAAUCCAAACCCUCAAAAAAGGCCUGGGUGAGGACAGCUACAGUGGGAUCACCGACUGUGCCAGGAAACUCUGGAUUCAGGAGGGACCAUCUGCCCUCAUGAAGGGAGCAGGCUGCCGGGCCCUUGUCAUAGCCCCUCUCUUUGGGAUUGCCCAAGGGGUCUACUUCAUCGGUAUUGGGGAGCGGAUCUUAAAGUGUUUCGAGUAG